AUGGUUGAAAGUUUAGGCGAAAAUGAAUUGGAUGAAGUUCUUACUCUAAAAAAUAUUAAGUCUGAUACUCUGGAAAAGGUUAUUGAAUUCGCUACUCAUCAUAAAAAUGAUCCCAUGCCAAAAGGAGAUGGCACGGAUGAAAAACCUCAAAUGACAGAAUGGGAUCGAACAUUUCUAAAGGUUGAUUUGGACACUCUUUUUGAACUUACUUUAGCAGCCAAUUAUUUAGAUAUGAAAGAUUUGUUAGAUUUGGUAACCCAAACAAUAGCCAUAGGACAUUUUAAAGAUACAUCAGUAGACGGACUGCAGAAGACUUCAGAAAUAUUGAUGCCAAAGUAGAGAAGCUCAUCCACCCUCUGCUUCUGAUGAUGACAAUGCCGUUUUUCAA